UUUUUUUUUUCUUUGAAAUAACUAUGCAUUGUCUUAUUUUGUUCUAAUUCAACCAUGAAUUUAAGAAACGAUUUUCACAACAUGAUUGACUUGAUUGACCCUGUUGAUAUGGAAUAUUACUUGCAAAAUUCAUCACCUAGAACUGUACCUAUUUGUAUUGCUGCUGCUGUCUAUAGAAUAUCUGCAGGCAAUUGCAUGCCAAACGCAAACAAUCAAAAGCGAUCUUUUUUAUCUCCCUGGGAAUCAUACCGUAGAAAAAGAGCCGAGGAUACUUCUAGUCUAGAAUCUACUUGUUCAUCACGCUCAGAUUCUCCUGAACCAAAAUCCACCAAAAAAAGAUCCACUCACUUAUUGUUGCGUGAAAUUCAUCGUUUACGUGGUGAAAACACAGCAUUGAAAAACAGUGUUUCUCUUUUAAAAAACGAUUUACGUGAUAUUACCUUGGCUCGUCAAGACACAGACGCUUCUCAUAGACGCUUUUAUGAAGAAUAUUUAGACAAAAAUGCACAACUAGAAAUCGAUGUCAUGGAUCGUGACGAUGAAAUUGCUCGUUUAAAGAAACAAAUUGAACAACUCAAGUCUAGAAAUACCAGUUAUGAUACUGCGUAUGAAAAGAAUGGGUUUGGGUGCUUUGAAUUUGACGAUGAUGAAGGUGAAUUAUCGUGCCAACCUGUGGCUCAUGAAUCGGCUUUGCCUGAAGUAGACAUUAAAAUGGAUGAACUCAAGACAGAAGAUGAACAUAUUGAUGAUUACUUUCAUAAACGAUACUUGGACGAUUCGAAUCCUCAUUAUUUCUCUCAACAAAGUGACGAAGAAGAAGAAGAGGAGGAGGAAGAGGAAGAACCAUUCGAAAAUGUAGCCAGUUCUUAUAUUCAACAAGCUAUGCUGUCUCGAUUAUCCAGUGCUAGAGUUCGAUUAGAAUUUGAUGAUCUGAUCUGUAAAUACGAACCAAGUUCAGAUACAAUUACUACCUGUUUAGCAGAUGCCUUUGUGACUUGGAUGGGGUCUUUGAUUACCAACAACAACAAGACAUCUCAACCCAUGUCCAUUCCCAGAGUAUUUACAAGCAAGAUUCAAGCAGGCAUUGUUGAAUUCUGGGAAUCUAUUCUUCAGUAUUAUACAACAGAUGAUCAAGCCCAAAGACAACUCUUGGACCAUAUUGAACAAUUAUUACAGAUAGUGCCUUUUGGACUAGCGAUUGCUGAUCAUUUUGAUCGACUGGUGUUGAUGCUUUAUAAAUAUCAUGUGAUUGAUGAUGAUGCUUUGAUUUCUUGGUGGCAGGCAUCUUCUUUUGAUCAUCAAAUUUCUCAAAAGAUUCGUAAAGUGACGACUCGAUUUAUUGAAUGGGUUCAAGAUAGUGAAGAAGAAGAGGAAGAAGAGGAAGAGGAAGAGGAAGAGGAAGAGGAAGAGGAAGAGGAAGAAGAAGAAGAAGAGGAUGAUGAUGAGAGUGAUGUCUUUAGUUUCGUUGAAUCCCCCUUACCCGAAGAAGAAGAAGAUUUAAAUAGUUCCAUUGAUGAUUUGUUGAAUACUAAUACACGCAAUUAUUGUGUUUGUCAUGAUACCAACAACAAUUCAUCUGAAUGCACAUGCAGUACAUAUACUCCCCCACAGGUACCUGAAAAGAAGAAAAAAUCUGUUCGUAUCGCCAUGUAAAUAUAUAUACUCUCCUCUUGACAUGUAAUAAAAAAA